AUGGCGGCGCUUUGCUCGCUCCCCGGGACCCCGGACCUGCCCGCGCUGCACGCCAAGCUACAGGACUUGCUGGGCUUCCUGAGGGGCGCCCUGCCCAUUUGCAGCGCGCACACGGUGGACUUCUACACCGGCUCGCUGUGGCAGCAGCUGGUCGACUUGAACCCCGAGAGCGUGCUGGCGGCGCUGCGGGAGGCGGCGGGGGCGGAGCCGCCGGGGGCGGAGGCCGGAUCAGGUUUUAUUGAUCUCCCCAGAGUAUUUUGUGAAAGGUCUCAGAAGCUGUUGAGCACGGAAGCCUUCGUUCUGGCCGCCAGACACUAUUCUGUGCAAAGCUUGGGGCUGUGUACUCCUCGUGAGCAGUUGCUUACAGCUCUCAGGCUAAAUAAAGAACAGAGGACUGGUGAAAAUGUGAAGGGAAUUGAGUUUAUGAAUACAAAAAAAUCUCAUGAGGUUCAGGCAAUGUCAGAGCUAAUCUGCAGUAUUGCUGAUUACUGUGGUUUAAAGCAGAUAAUUGACGUGGGUUCUGGUAAAGGCUACCUAAGCUCCUUUUUGUCCUUAAAGUAUGGUUUAAAUGUCUAUGGCAUCGAUUCCUCAAAUACUAAUACUCAUGGAGCUAAGGAGAGAAACAGGAAGUUGAAGAAACACUGGAACCUGAAUCAUCAUCAUCGGACGAGAGUAGAUGUCAAUGGACUGGCAUUAAAAAUGCCGAAAGAAAUGGGCGCUCAAAAAGAAGUCGAGUGUAAGGGAGAUACUGAGAGUGUACCGAAGAGCAGUCUUGGGAAUCAAGAAAUAUCUGCCGACAUUUUGCCAGAGUUUCCAGAGUCAGCAGUUUCAACCAUCAGAAAACAGCAAGGAGAUCUACAUGCUCAGCCACUUGAAGAAGAGAAGCUAUGCUUUGAAAAUACCUUUUCUCUCAUGGAUUUUUUGCCUAUUGAUGCCAUCGAACCUACUUCAUCUCAGGUGCACAAUACAGAAAUUGUGAGGAAACAGAGAAGAAAUAUGGCAUCAAAACCAAGUGACUCAAGUAUAUAUUCACCACUGACCUCUUUUAUCACUGCUGAUUCAGAAUUACGUGACAUUAUUAAAGAUCUGGAGGACUGUUUAAUGGUAGGUCUCCAUACUUGUGGUGACCUUGCACCAAACACUCUGCGGAUAUUUACAUCCAAGUCUGAAGUCAAGGGAGUUUGCUCUGUGGGUUGUUGCUACCAUCUUUUAUCUGAGGAAUUUGAAAAGCAGCCUAAAGAAUGUGCUCAGGAAAACUGGGGAUUUCCAAUGUGCCGCUAUCUGAAAGAGGAGAGAUGGUGUUGUGGCCGUAACGCAAGAAUGUCAGCAUGCUUGGCAUUGGAACGGGUUGCAGUUGGCCAAGGGGUUCCCACCGAAUCACUCUUCUAUCGUGCUGUUCUUCAGAAUAUCAUUAAAGAUUAUUAUGGCAUCACCAAAUGUGAUCGGCACGUUGGUAAAAUUUAUUCCAAAUGUUCUUCCUUUCUGGAUUAUGUCAGAAUGUCUCUAAAGAAGCUUGGAUUAGAUGAGUCCAAGACUCCUUCCUCUUCUCAAAUAGUCCCCCUUAAUUUUCAUGUCUUAUCUGUAUUAUGUGUGUGCAUGUGUGGUACCUGUGUUCCUGUGUGUAUGUGUAUGUCUGUUAACUGGGUUUCACAUCUGAGAAAAAUGUGUGAUAUUUGUCUUUAUGAGUCUGACUUAUUUCAUUUAUGAUGACCAAUUCUGUUCAUUUUCCUAAGAAUGACAUAAUUUCAUUCUACUUUACGUCUGACUAAAACUCCAUUGUAUAUGUACACUGCCUUUUAUCUAUUUAUGUGUUGAUGAACACAAGCUUAUUCUAGAACUUAGUUAUUGCGAGUUGUGCUCCAGUAGUCAUAGAACGUGUUCUGUUUAGUAUAGUAACUUACAUUAUACUAAAUAUAAUAUGGUAUAACUGGAACAUGUGGUAGUUCUGUUUUUGUUUCCAACCCUAUUUUUAGAAUCAUACUAUUUUCAGACAGUUUGCCAUCUAUACCCUUUAUUAGAUGAAGCAUAACCCUCCUACUCAUAACUUGUACAGUCUGUGUGAUACAUUACACCUGUUAAUUUAUAUAAUGUUAAAUCAUGCUUGUUUUCCUCAAAUGAAACCAACUUGAUUAUAGUGUAUGAUUUUUAUAAUGUAUUCUUGAUGUGUUUGCAAGUAUUUAAAAUAAGAGUUUUUAUGUCUAUGUAUUUUUCAUUUUCAUUUAAUUCUAAGAAGUUUUCAGUUUCCUCCCUAAUUUCUUCAAUGACCACCCCCUUGUUGUUUAGGAGUAUAUUGCUUAGUUUCUAUGUGUUUGUAGAAUUUCUGUAGUUUCUACUGUUAUUUACCUCUAUUUUACUCAGUUAUUACCUGGUGACAUAUGAAAAUUUACUUGAUUCUUUUGUAUUUUCAAGGCUUGAUAUAAGGCCCUAAUUGUAGUUAGUUUUGAAGAAAGUUCCAUGGGCUUCCAAGUGAAUGAUAUAUUCUGUAGCUGUUGCGUACAGGAUCUCUUAGAUGUAUGCUAUGUCCUUUUGAUCUGUGACAUUUUAAGUCUGCAUUUUCAUUGCUGAAUUCCCAUAUGAAUGAUUUUCUGUUGCUGAAACUGGGGGAUUGAGGUCACUCAUUCAUGUUAUAUAUAUAGGCCUAGCUGUUCUUUAUACCCCAUAGUUGGUUUUGUCAAAGUAAGUGCUACAACAACUGUGUAUUUGUAUUGAAUUGUUUUUUCCUUCUCGAUGAGCUGUACUCUUGAGUAUUAUAUAGUGACCUUUCAACUGUGUUUUGUUUUCUUUCCUACUAUCAUUCUCUUGAUACACACUACUAUGUCCUUUGGUUUUCUGUGUGAGUCUUUAUUAAGUUGUACCUUUUAAAACAACUGGAUCUUCUUCUUUGAUCCAGUCAACUGGUCUACAUAUUUUAAUUGGAGUAUUGAGACCACUAGCAUUUAUGAAGGUUAUAAUUAAGAUAUUUGCUAACUCCUGUUACUCCAUUUCUAGUUGGUUCUGAUACUGCUUCAGCAUUUUGUUUUUCUUUCUCUCUUAGACAUGUAUUGAUUACUGGAUUGGAAAUGUUUGAUUCUAUUCUAGCACUCAUUAAAUAAAAAGAUUGAUUUGA